GCGGUUAAAGUCAUUGCGAAGGAUCUCGGAACAUGAACUCUUUCCAGUAGUGAUGUCAAUCGGGUUACUUGCCUGUCUAGUCUUCGCAGUAGAGGACCUUUCAAGGUCAAGCACCGGUCCGACCAUCUUUACUCUGUAGACUGCAUUGCACACGCACUUCUGUUCCAAGCGGGUGCAAUUCUGUGUAUGAUUUUGAUCUGUAAAAUUUUUUUAGGGUGGAGUUUGAAAGCUCCAAUGUGACUGUAAUUGUAACCCUUCAAUUGAGAGUUAGGGUAUGCAGUACCGAAGAUAGCCAAUUCAAUGAGAAAGACUUUGGAAAGCUCUUUGAAUUGGGUUUUGGGUUUGUUGGCAGUGAAAGGUAGGAUUCGGAGUCUCUAAUUGGAUAAUUACUUCGCGGGAGGCUGUGGAAGGGUUUUGGGUUUGUGGGGAUCAAGGGGAGUGCGUAACAUGGAUGGCGGUGGAAGGUGCCAACAGAGUGAAUUAGGGCGUUUUGGCACUGACCGGGAAUGCAAGUGCGCAUUUUGUACUGAAAGGCAGCUUGAGAGCCAGUUUGGUGAGUGUUCCAGGUGUGCUUUGGGAUCGAAUCGACAACCGUCCUCCUCUCCGGCCGCAUCAGCUGUAAGUAGGCUUCAACACCAUGCAGGAGCUAAUUCAGUCAGUGUCAUGACAAAUUCGCCGUCCGGUGAAGGCGGUCGGUCUACUAUGGCAUGUACUUCUAUCAAGGGCAAUCAAAUAGAUGUAGCCCCAAAGGCGUCGUCAAUACAUUGCAGGAGUCUUCUGAGUUUGUGUGUGGGGUAUAUUGGCGAACAUCUGGAGGACUUGAUUGAUGACAUAGACGACAUUGCCCCCGCCUUCCCUUUUCAUGUGAAGGGUAAAUUGCUAGCGAUUGCCCGAAGAAGGAACCUGCUAUGUGAUGAGCUCCUCACUGCUUUGGCAGACAUUUCUUGGGAAAUUCUUGACGUGUCAGGUUCAGAUGUGACGGACUCUAGUUUAAUUGCGGCAGCGCAAACGUGUCCAAGAUUGCAAGACGUCGACAUAAGUCGAUGCAAUAAGCUGACCUGCGCUGCUGUUCGUGCUUUAGUCGAGCAUUGUCCUAAUCUAAGAACUUUGCGAUACGGUGGCACGCCUAUGUCCGAUGCUGCUGCUAGAAAAUCAAUCAGCUACAUAGUGCCAAAACUAAAUCGUAAUGAGGAGGAAGAUAGCUGGGAAGUGCUAGAGACCAAGGCUGUUGCCGAAGGCGCACAGACAUUGAGAUGGCUAGUUUGGCCCGGUAUCGACCCCAUUUCAAUGGAGCGUUUGAAGUCUGAAUGUCCUCGGAUUGUUAUCAAUCCAGUUUUCUCUUGGAAGUCUUACGGUAUAAUUCCACCAGCAGCGCUACGUGACGCGGUGUUAGACGAAUCUUUCCUCGAGGACAUCGACCCGAAAACGUGGGCAAAUAAAUCAAAGACUCCACCAAGAUCAGAAAAAGUCCCACCUCGCGCCACUGACGAAGUCAAGAACGAGCUCUCAGUAGCAGAAAAGUUUCGGCUGGCGUUUGUUGCGAGAGACGAGCGUUUGGCUCCCAAGAGAGCCAAGAAUGCGAGGCAGAACCAAAGACGUGCAGAGAAAGCUUGGUUGAACUCAGACACGGAGGCCAAGUCCAUUGUGUGGGCAGGCAUUGCCCAGAAGUCUCUCAAAAAGCUCGGAUUGUGACCCACUUAUCAGUUCCUGCUCUUGUAUGUAAUUUUUGGAGCAAUUUUGCACACUUUCUAGCAAGGUGCCCAAUUGAUUCACUUGGUCGCUUUGUUAAAUCAUCCUGGCUUUGUCACCGUGGCUAUGCGGUUCAUUUUACUGUAUUUCACCUCUCCAGUCUCAGAAUAAUGUGCCCUUAAAAGAGGAACCAAUUGCCCUGGAAUUAUCAGCAGUGAUCUCAUUUUGAGAUGUGUGUAUCGAAUGAGGAAAAUAGAGAAGGAUGAACAUAGUACCUCGCCAUUUUCGUACCUUUUUUUGCUGAUUAGAAGAAACCGGGUUUGAUACAACUGGAUAACUAAAAUGAGUUCCCUCUUCAGUUCAAACUAACUGAUAGCUUUUUUGAGGUUUUA